CCGGAUUACAAGCAUACGAGCACCGGCCGGAGAAGGGACAGUGGCUCCACUGUGCAGCCGGACAGAGAGUCACUGUGCAGGGAUAGGAAACCAUUACCGUCACCGGUCCUCUCUCAGCAGGAGCGGGCAGCGGGGCUGAAUGCUGGAGGACACCGCGGAAAGUGUCACCAGGAGCAGCUGUUAGUGAGUGACUGACCGGGGGAACAUGGCUACUUCUCCGGUCACCCCAGCAUCGCUGGAAGGAGGGACGCCUUCACCCACCGAGAAUGAGCAGUCUGCGAACACCCGACAGUCUGACAGUAACACCAGUUUCCUGCGAGCAGCGAGGGCAGGGAACAUCGACAAAGUUUUGGAAUAUCUGAAAGGAGGAGUAGACAUCAGCACCUGCAAUCAGAAUGGUCUUAAUGCACUGCACCUGGCAGCCAAGGAGGGCCAUGUGGACCUGGUCCAGGAGCUGCUCGACAGAGGCGCCCCGGUGGAUUCUUCAACGAAGAAAGGAAACACAGCACUUCACAUAGCCUCUCUAGCUGGUCAGGCUGAAGUAGUGAAGAUCCUGGUCAAACGAGGAGCUGACAUCAAUGCGCAGUCGCAGAAUGGAUUCACUCCACUGUACAUGGCUGCCCAGGAGAAUCAUCUGGAUGUGGUGCGAUACCUAUUAGAGAAUGGAGGCAACCAGAGCACUGCUACAGAGGAUGGCUUCACCCCUCUGGCCAUCGCCCUUCAGCAGGGCCACAACCAGGUGGUGUCCAUUUUACUGGAGAAUGAUACUAAAGGAAAGGUCCGCCUGCCUGCCUUGCAUAUUGCGGCCCGCAAGGAUGACACAAAGUCAGCCGCCCUGCUUCUUCAGAACGACCACAACGCUGAUGUCCAGUCGAAGAUGAUGGUCAAUAGGACUACUGAGAGUGGAUUCACCCCCCUGCAUAUCGCUGCCCACUAUGGUAACGUCAAUGUGGCCACGCUGCUGCUGAACCGAGGGGCAGCAGUUGACUUCACAGCAAGGAAUGGGAUUACUCCCCUACACGUGGCCUCCAAGCGUGGCAACACUAACAUGGUUCGCCUGUUAUUGGACCGCGGCUCUCAGAUUGACGCUAAAACAAGGGACGGGCUAACUCCCCUCCACUGUGCGGCUCGGAGUGGACACGAUACAGCUGUGGAGUUGUUGCUGGAGAGAGGAGCACCCUUGCUGGCCAGGACCAAGAACGGUCUGUCUCCUCUCCACAUGGCGGCACAAGGCGACCACGUGGAAUGUGUCAAACACCUUCUGCAUCACAAAGCGCCUGUGGAUGAUGUCACAUUGGACUACCUGACAGCGUUACAUGUGGCGGCACACUGCGGCCACUACAGAGUCACCAAACUGUUGUUGGACAAGAGGGCCAACCCCAACGCCAGAGCACUGAAUGGCUUCACUCCGCUGCACAUAGCCUGUAAGAAGAACCGCGUGAAAGUGAUGGAGCUGCUGGUGAAAUAUGGAGCCUCUAUCCAGGCCAUCACUGAGUCUGGUUUGACUCCCAUCCAUGUGGCAGCCUUCAUGGGUCACCUGAACAUCGUGCUGCUGCUGCUCCAGAACGGAGCCUCGCCAGAUGUCAGCAACAUUCGUGGAGAAACAGCAUUACACAUGGCAGCCAGGGCGGGGCAGGUGGAGGUAGUCAGAUGUCUGCUGAGGAACGGAGCCAUGGUGGACGCCAGGGCUCGGGAGGACCAGACUCCCCUCCACAUCGCCUCACGUCUGGGGAAAACAGAGAUUGUCCAGCUGCUGCUGCAACACAUGGCCCAUCCUGAUGCUGCCACAACCAAUGGCUACACCCCCUUACACAUCUCAGCCAGAGAGGGACAGGUGGAGACAGCCUCUGUCCUGCUAGAGGCUGGGGCUUCACACUCACUGGCCACCAAGAAAGGCUUCACUCCCCUGCAUGUGGCCUCAAAGUACGGCAGCCUGGAUGUAGCCAAGCUUCUGCUGCAGCGUAGUGCUCCGCCUGAUUCUGCUGGGAAGAAUGGCCUCACCCCGCUCCAUGUCGCAGCACAUUACGAUAACCAGAAAGUGGCGCUCCUGCUUUUGGACAAAGGAGCGUCCCCCCACACCAUGGCCAAGAAUGGCUACACUCCUCUCCACAUUGCGGCUAAGAAGAACCAGAUGGACAUCGCCACGGUGCUGCUGCAGUACGGAGCCGAGACCAACAUCCUGACCAAGCAGGGUGUCACUCCGCUCCAUCUGGCCUCCCAGGAGGGCCACGCCGAAAUGGCUGCCCUGCUCAUUAGCAAGGGAGCCGAGAUCAAUGUCCCCACCAAGAGUGGCCUCACAGCCCUCCAUCUGGCAGCCCAGGAGGACAAAGUCGCUGUUGCCGAGAUCCUUGCCAAAAACGAAGCCAACCUCAACCAGCAGACCAAAUUGGGCUACACUCCACUAAUUGUAGCGUGUCACUAUGGUAACGCCAAGAUGGUCAACUUCCUGCUUCAGAAUGGAGCCAGUGUGAACGCCAAGACCAAGAAUGGAUACACUCCCCUUCACCAGGCAGCCCAGCAAGGAAACACACACAUCAUUAAUGUUCUGCUGCAAUCUGGUGCCAAGCCCAAUGCUGUCACUGUGAAUGGUAACACUGCUCUGGGUAUUGCUCGGAGGCUGGGCUACAUCUCUGUGGUGGACACACUGAGAGUCGUCACAGAGGAGAUCAUCACCACCACAACGACUGUGACGGAGAAACACAAGCUGAACGUGCCAGAGACCAUGACUGAAGUGCUGGAUGUAUCGGAUGAAGAGGGUGAUGACACCAUGACAGGUGACGGAGGCGAGUAUCUAAGGGCCGAGGACCUCAGGGAGCUGGGUGAUGACUCCUUGCCUGGACAGUAUCUGGACGGAAUGAACUACCUCCGCUUCAGCUUGGAAGGGGGGCGUACUGACAGUCGAUUGCAAAGUUCGGACAGGUCCUUCACCCCCACUCACCACGGCUAUGACUCCCCUAAACAUAAGUGCAUGAUGGAAGACAUGCUCACCAGUCACCAGAUUUCGCUCACAAGGGAAAACGAGAGGGAUUCAUACCGGCUGAGUUGGGGUACAGAGAACCUAGACAACGUGGCUUUAUCCUCCAGCCCAAUCCACUCUGGCCAUUCCUCUCCGUGCCAUGAUCAUGGAGACCACAGCAGCUUCCUUGUCAGCUUCAUGGUGGAUGCCAGAGGUGGAGCCAUGCGUGGUUGCCGACACAAUGGCCUACGCAUUAUCAUCCCACCCAGGAAGUGUAGUGCACCCACACGGGUGACGUGCCGGCUGGUAAAGAGGCACCGUCUGGCCACCAUGCCCCCCAUGGUUGAGGGCGAAGGCCUGGCCAGCAGGCUCAUUGAGGUGGGGCCCUCUGGGGCCCAGUUCCUUGGUAAACUCCACCUACCCAAUGCCCCUCCACCUCUUAAUGAGGGAGAGAGUUUGGUUAGCAGAAUCCUCCAGCUUGGCCCGCCAGGGACAAAAUUCCUCGGUCCAGUGAUCGUGGAAAUCCCCCACUUUGCCGCUCUGCGGGGGAAGGAGCGGGAGCUGGUGAUCCUGAGGAGUGAGACAGGAGAGAGCUGGAAGGAGCAUCACUGUGAACACACCCAAGAAGAACUUAACCAGAUACUCAAUGGCAUGGAUGAAGAGCUGGACACACCGGAGGAGCUCGAGAGGAAGCGUAUUUGCCGUAUCAUCACCAGAGACUUCCCACAAUACUUUGCAGUGGUGUCACGCGUCAAACAAGACAGUAAUCUGAUUGGUCCCGAAGGAGGCAUCCUGAGCAGUACUGUUGUGCCCACAGUGCAGGCAGUUUUUCCUGAGGGCGCCCUCACCAAGAGGAUCAGGGUUGGCCUGCAGGCCCAGCCGGUGAAUGUGGACGUAGUGAGGAAGAUCCUGGGGAACAAGGCCACCUUCAGCCCCAUUGUCACGCUGGAGCCCCGCAGAAGGAAGUUCCAUAAACCCAUCACCAUGACUAUCCCCAUCCCCAAAAGCAAUUCGGACCCAGUCCUCAAUGGUUUUGGAGGGGACACUCCCACCUUACGACUGCUCUGUAGCAUCACUGGUGGAACAACGCCUGCCCAAUGGGAGGAUAUAACAGGAACCACUCCAUUAACGUUUAUCAAUGACUGCGUCUCCUUCACAACCAAUGUGUCUGCCAGGUUCUGGCUCAUAGACUGUCGGCAAGUCCAGGAAUCUGUCAACUUCUCCACUCAGGUGUACAGGGAGAUCAUCUGUGUCCCUUACAUGGCAAAGUUUGUAAUCUUUGCCAAGACCCAUGACCCCAUUGAGGCCCGCCUGCGCUGCUUCUGCAUGACAGACGACAAGAUCGACAAAACACUGGAGCAGCAGGAGAACUUCACUGAGGUGGCCCGCAGCCGAGAUGUAGAGGUCUUGGAAGGCAAGCCUAUCUAUGCAGACUGCUUUGGAAACCUUGUUCCCCUCACCAAAAGUGGCCAGCAUCAUCUCUUCAGCUUCUUUGCCUUUAAGGAGAACAGACUAGCACUCUUCAUUAAAAUCAGAGACAACACUCAGGAGCCAUGUGGCCGUCUGUCCUUUAUGAAAGAACCCAGAAACUACAGGUCACUAACCCAAAAUGCCAUAUGCAACCUUAACAUCACCCUCCCAUCAUACUGUAAGGAGUCCGAUUCAGACCAAGAGCAAGAGGAAGAGACCAGCAGUCCGCUCCAGAAAUAUGAAGAGACGGAGACAUCAGCCCUGAAAUCAGAGCUGAUUCGAGAUCCAGACCUCCUAUCCGACGUGUCAGAGAUGAAACAAGAUUUGAUCAAAAUGACUGCCAUCUUGACUGCAGACUCCACAGAGAAAUCCCCUCCCUUAGGAGGGUGUGGUCUAGAGAAAGGGACUGAGGAGGUUUCUGGAGAGCCAUUAGAAAUAAUGGAGAAGGACUUAGAGAAAGUCAAAGAGGACCUAGAGAAAGUCAGUGAGAUACUGAGAAGUGGAACAUAUGAGGGUGAGGUGGCAGAGGAGGCAGCAAAAGCAGCUAGAAUGGCUGAGGAGUGGGUUCUCCUUUCAGACAGUGAGAUUGAGGAAGCCAUAAAGAUGGCAGCAUUAGAAAUUCAAGAGCCUGUCUUGCGUGAAACUAGAGCUAACAGAGGGGCUCCCAGACCUAAAGCCAUAAAGGACAGUGGUGAUCUCAAAGAAUACCUCUUGGAUGCACCAGUAAGCUCCAAAAUAAAAGCUAAGAAAGAGCCAGCUGCCCAAGAAAGAUUCACUGAUGUUGUACUGCGCAAAAGUGCAAAACCAACCACUCCAACCAAAGUGCAAGACAAAACCACUGCUGGUGAUGUUAAAAAGCCAGUCAGAAGAAAGGGAAAAGACCAGGGACAAGCAGACGAAUCGACAGAAGCAAGUGCUCUUCUUAGUGUGCCUACAGCCCCUGCCCCAGCAUCGCCUGUAUCCCCAGUAGUUGAAGAAACUCCCAUUGGGUCAAUAAAGGACAAAGUCAAAGCCUUACAACAGAAAGUAGAAGCAGAGCAAAAGAGCAAAAAGGUCACUGGAAGUAAGCCUUCGCAACUGCCUGUUGCAAGCAAACCUUCUCCAAAAGCCAAAGAAAUCCCUAAAUCAAAGCAGGGCUCCCCCAAAUCUCCCAAAGCUGUAUCUGAAAAACUUGAGGAGACCAUGUCAGUUAAAGAGCUGAUGCAUGCAUUCCAGACAGGUCAGGACCCUUCAAAGAGAAAGUCUGGGUUAUUUGAGCUUAAAACAUCCACUGCUUCAAGAUCAGAGAAAUCCACAAAAUCAGAAAAGAUACAGUCUAAAUCCAUGACCAAAGCAUUAACCUCACGAAUCUCUCAAGAACAUGAAGUAUCUUUGGAUUCCAAACCUCUCAAGAAAGAGACCACUCAGCAAGACAAAGAUAAAGAAACCAAGUCAGUUGAUGACACCCAUUCAGAGCUAACUGAGACUGUAGACUUUGGAAAUGGUGGCCUUGAUGAUAGCUCUGACAGUUUAAAGCAUGAAGGUGCAGCAGACUCACCAAGUGCCAGUUCUGGAGGUGGAACCCCUCAUCUGAGCUCUGAGGACAGCUACAAACAUGAGGGUCUAGCCACUCCAGGUACAAGCCCUGAAAGUCUCUGUCUUUCUCCCAAAAAUGGACACCAAACCUCUAAAGCUUCGCCAGCAACUGAAACAACAGUCAAAAAACAAAGUAAAGACACAGAGAAUUCUGGAGACUCUGGUGUAGGGACCACUGGUGACCAAGUGUCUACAGAAAUGACCCUCCCUGUCUCUUCCAUCGAGGCUGCAGAUGACCACACUACAAGUGAGUCCAUAUCUGUUAUGAGGAGUGAGUCUAAGCCAUCCAAACCUCACAAGCUUACAAAGAGAAUUUCAGAGACUGUAGAAACAUUUCUUAGUGAUGAUGACAGCCCUGAAUGUCAGCUAGCAUUGCCUUUAGUUGGUUCUCCAGCUUCUAUAUCAUCUUAUCAGCGUCAUGAAAGUUUAGAGCUGCCUUUAAAACAAGACUCAGAUGCUCUCAGCCCAUUAGCUGAUGACUCUUUGACAAUAAGCCACAGAGACUCUCUAGAAGGUAGUCCUCUUAUGGAUGAAAACUCCUCCCAUAGGUCCCCAGACUCUAUUGAACCUAGUCCAACCAAGGAAUCACCUCCCCAUGACUCCCUAGAGAGCAGCCCUGUAGAGCAAAAGAGCCACCCAUCCUUCCCAUCAACACUAGAUCCACUCAGUAAAUCCUCUAGCCAUCCAGAGCCCUCCAAAGCCACAGACUUCCCCCAAGAUGCUUUUCGUGGUAGGCUGCUUCGAGACCAUGAGGCUAGUGCUGAUGAUGACAGUUGUGAGCAGACAUCUCAGAUGACAAGUUCCGGUAAGAGUCCCCUCUCCCCUGACACUCCUAGUUCAGAAGAGGUAAGUUACGAGGUAAAUCCCAAACCCCCUGACUAUACAUUCCUCUCUGUUCAAUUCAAACCGGCUGUCAUCCCUGAAGACACAGAAGAGGAUACAUCAGACAGCUAUGAAGCUAAGAGAAAAAUCACUCCAGAGGAGGAGAUGUUUAAGAUGGCAGCCAAAAUAAAAACAUUUGAUGAAAUGGAGCAAGAAGAGAGGACCAAAAAGAACUGUAGAAAAGAUGUGUUUCCCUCAGCUGAUGCCAAAAUAGGGGAUGACAGCUAUGAAACAUUAGAGCCCACAAGUGAGAAGCUAUCGCAAAGUGAAUGUGGGCUCAAUAGACCCACUGAAGAUUCAGAGUUAGCUCUUUUUGUUGAUCCCCAUAUUAAAGUACAACCUCCCUCUCCUUUUUCAGCAGGUUUGCAUGACGGAUCCCACAGCAAAGAGGUCAAGAACACAACAACAACAACAACCAGUGUCACUUCAGAGGGACCUCACUCUGUCUCAGACCAGCAACAUUCCAAAUCCAAACUGAUAACUGCACAGGAACCGUCAUCUGUAACAGCUGAUAAAGAAAGUACAGCUGAAAAGGCUGUUGUGACAUCAAACACUGAAAACAGAACUGAUGAGCAAAAGGAGGAGAGCUUAAGGAAAUCAAAUAAAAAAGGAGAUGAUCAGGAUGAUGAAGAGUUAGGUAUUAGGUGUAGCAAUGUAACAGAUGAAGUGAAGGGAGAUCAAAAGGGACAUACAGGCACGUCAGAGGCUGAACUUGGUGCAACUGCCACUGAUCAAACGAAGGAAAUUUUCAAACCAGAGGUCUGUAUCUAUGAUGACACAGAGGAGGAUGAAGAGGGACUGGAAGCUCCCAGAACUGAAUCAAAAGGUGUCACUGCAAGGGAUGACAGUGAUUCAUGGUCUGCUAUGCGGGAGGAUGACGCCGCUUUUGCAGCUCGUGUCAAAGAGGAGGAACAGAAGAUAUUGAAUCUGGUGGUGGAUCGUCAGUCUUUGCAAGCAACUCCAGACACAACACCUGGUAGAACACCUACAGAAGAGAGCACUCCUACCAGUGAGCCCAACCCUUUUCUGUUCCAAGAAGGGAAGCUCUUCGAGAUGACCCGAAGUGGUGCUAUUGACAUGACUAAAAGGAGCUACGAGGAAGAAGGGGGUGGUUUUGCCUUUUUCCAGAUAGGUGAACAGCCUUUAGAGGAGCCCGUCUUAGAAGAGGCCAGUCAAGAAGGUAGGAGAUCAGCAGCAGAACCUGAAGUUGGCCUUAAUCUAACACUAGAGGUUAAGACUGAGGAAGAUGAGAAAUUAAAAGAAACAGAUGAUUCUCAGCUUCAGUCCCCAUCUGAAGGCGAUCAGCCUGCCUCUAAAGUUGAUGCCUCCAAAUCUAAAAUCCCUAAAAUGGGCAUUUCAGCUUCAGCCAAACCACCAAAGAAAGAGCAAACAUCCCCUGAAAGUCUAGAGACUAAAACAGACAGAAAUGAAGGAUCCUUAGAUUUAGACACAAGCUCCACUGACCAAAUGAUAACGAAUGUACAAACAGCAGAAACUACAGUCACUAGAUCAGUUUACUCUGAGCAGGGCCAAGAGUCCUCUGAUUCCUCUCCAGAGGAACCACAGUCAGUGAUAGAAGCCCCCAAACCAACAGGAAAGUCCAAACAAAGUGCUUCCAGUAGUGUUAAAAAGACUCCAGCCAAAACACAAGCCAAGUCUGCGCCUCAAGGUCGGGGUAAAUCCACCAUACCUUCUCCAUCUCAUUCAACUUCCUCUUCAAGCACUCUUAAAAAAGAGGCCUCCUUCACUGCUGAGUCUAAAUCUAGAAUUCCAAUCAAGGCUAGCUCUCUCAAACCUGAUUCUACUGUCAAGCGUGCUGAAUCCACCCAAGACAAAAAGCUUAAGGUCCCUGUAAAAAAGGAUGCAAGGAGAAAAUCUGAGACAGAUGCAGGUCCCUCUGUGGAUGUCAAAACCAAGACAUCAUCUUCCAAAGCCAAGAGCUUCUGCGAGGGCGAGUCUACCAGGCCAACUGCUAAAAAAGAACAGGGUCGUCCCACAAGUGCAGAGUCAGCAAAAUCUAAAGGCUUCCAGUCCAGAUUGCCAGUCAGAGGCAAAAGUGGUCAGUCAUCCCAGUCAUCAACACCCACUAAAGAGAAAAGUGUUCAACGCAAGCAAUCCAUUGAGUUCUUUGAAGAGAUAAGUGACGAAGCAGCAAAACUUGUGGAAAGGUUGGCACAGUCAGUGACAGAGAAAGAUCAAGAGGCCGAAGCUGCCAACUCAGAUGACGAGAGCAGUCUCAUUGAUCCUUCAAUCAUAGAAAGAGAAAGUUUCCCUGAGAUGCAGUUCCCUACCUCAGGAGACGUCUUUCCCAUUAGACCACUGUGGGACGACCCUGUUGAGACACAGAUGCAGCGAAUCCCAGAUGAUAAAGUCCAAAGUCAAGUAGAUCCACAGGAUGAAGCAGAGAGAAAAGAGCAACGGUUGGCCAUUAUAGCCGACCACCUGGGCUUCAGCUGGACAGAGUUGGCACGAGAACUGGACUUCAGUGAGGAGAGAAUCAACCUGAUAAGGAUUGAAAAUCCAAACUCACUGCAAGACCAAAGCCAUGCCCUUUUGAAUCUCUGGGCAGAGAAAGAGGGAAAGCAUGCAACAGAAACAGCAUUGAUCAAAACACUCACUAAGAUCAAUCGAAUGGACAUUGUUCACCUCAUUGAAACCAAGAUUAUCAAGUCCAGUCAGGAGGAGACAUCAUCUCAUACCUAUGCAGAAAUAGAGCGGACCAUAGCACUGGAUCAUAGUGAAGGUUUCUCUGCCCUUCAUGAAGACAUUGACAGCCCCAGGCCAGGCAGGCGUACAGAUGCCACACGUAGGAGCCCAGGUUCUGGACAAGAAGUACCUAUGGUGUCAGCAGAGGAUCUGUCCUCUAGUUUGUCAUCGCUUCAUGAGAUGACGGGGCGAUCAGAGACAGACUCCAUAGCAUCAGGUCUUCUUAGAAAUGCCCAGAAAGAGAAACUUCAAAAGGAGAUGGAAACAACAUACUCAUCACAAUUGACAGAGGAAUUGACAGACUCAGUACACAAAGGCAGUUUUAGACAAGAGAUAGCAGAGGAGCUAGGGGUGCUGUCCUCUGAUAGCUCAGAGGAGGAGGUGCUGACCACCAGGGUGGUCCGACGCAGAGUUAUCAUUCAGGCGGACACUUUACCAGAUAUCCCACAACAGACUGUCACAGAGGAGAAGUACACAGAUGAGCAUGGGAACAUGGUAGUUAAGAAAAUCACACGGAAGGUGAUUCGUAAAUAUGUAUCAGCGGAUGGCAUGGAGACCCAAGAAGUGACCAUUGAGGGCUCUCACCAGGAGACAGUGCAGAUAGAGGAGGGGGACGCUGUUUCCAAAGUGGUGAAGAGAACUGUUCUUCGCAGUGAAGGCGAUCAAAAAGAGUUGACCUUCUCAGAGCCCCUCGCCUUGGGUGCCACCAUGGCAUCAGAGUUCGAGGUGGAGCCCGUGCAGGGUCGAAAAGUUAGCAAGGUUGUCAAGACGACCGUGGUGACAGGCGAGAGGAUGGAGAAACAGAUGGGAGAUUCCUCGCUGGCUGCAGAUCUUCCCUCAGCCAGAGAGGACUUUGAGAAGGCUUUGAGUUAUGCUGGAGGCUUUGGGAAAGUGCUCCUUCCUCAUUUAGUAGAGAAAGAGAUUGUGCAGGACGACGGUUCUGUGGUUAAAAGAAGCCAGAUGCGUAAAUCGCGAACCCAGAAGAGGACUGUGGUGAGGGAUGCCCAGGGGAAGCACGUGCACCUGGAGCGUCUGGACGACACCCCAGACGCCCUGCAGCCCGACGCACUGCAGCAGCACCUGCACCGGCUUCUCCAACGCUACUGCCAGGACGAUCAGGAGGAAAACGAUGAGGAGGAGGAAGAGAAGGAGGAGCAGGAUGAGGAGGAGGAGGAAGAGGAGGAGGAGGAGAGUUUUGACUGAGCUGCUGCUUCCCUACAUCUUCCACUGAAGCCUUUGGUGACGUACUCUUCCUCAGAUCACGUUGUACCAGAUCCCUUUCUUGUUCUCCUCGCUGAUCACUGGAUUGAUUUUUUUUCUUCCUGUCUUCUCUUUUUGUGGAAUAAUGGAACAGUAUUUCUGUGCUUUAUUUUGUGUUUCAUUUGCUCCUUUUGUGACCAAAGAUAGCACCCCUCAUUUUUGUCGGAUGAAUUUUUUUUUUACUCCGGCGUUCCCCUUCUUUUUACCUUUUGGCUGCUGUGGUGUGAUUAAGGUACGACACACUAAAGGUGGAUCCAAGUCAAUGGGGCAUCUUGGACGUUCGCCUCACGCACGGGCCUCUUCUUGAAGAACUCUUGUAAACAUUUGUACAUAAAGGAGAUGAAAAAAAUCAUGCUUGGACUUGGGAGAAAAAAAAGUAAAAAAAAAAAAAAUCAAAGCAUUUAAUACAUUAGCCCACCUAAACCUGCUGUACAUGCACCGAUUCAGCUGGAGAAUGGCCACGGUACAGAAGAGAUUAAUGUUACAUAGGAGUGAAUGAGUGUCAUCAUGGACUCUUUACAGCCAAACAUCAACCUGUUGAUCUGUUUACAAAGAGGUGUGCACCUUCAAAUGCUGUGUGAACACACCUUUUGUCUUCCCAUCAUGCAUCUCUUUUUUUUUAGUUUACGUGUCUGUCCUGCUAACGUGUGUCGUGCAUUCACAUUUUCUCCAUCACGGAGCCGCCACCUCUGUGUGUGUAUAUACAAAGUAUCGUGUGAAAGAAAGUAGUGAUGAGGAAUGUUUUCUGAUGCAGAUCGAGCACUUACCCCCGCUGUCCUUCUAACCCCUGAGCUGUGUUUCACCCUCACAUACUGCUGCUGCUCCUCCUCAUCUCAAACUGCAGCACUCACAUGAUUGUCCUCCAUUGAGACUUUUAAAGGAUUACUCUUCUACUUUUUUUCUUCUUACUGUCAACAAAACCCAUGAAAAGACAGACACCAACAAUGAGCUGAUCUAUAACAAGUACUGUGUGUGUAU